CCAGCCCCAGCACUAGUCACUUGUCAAAAACACGGGAUAGAGGCGCAAUUUCAACGUGAUCUUGCAAUUUUCUCAACUCGAACUCUUUAGUUAUUUUUUAAGUAAUAUCUUGGAUACAUAAUUCAAAAAUGGAUAGUCCGAGAGUGCUUCUUUCUAUCCGAAUUCCGGUACACAGCAGCCCAACUCUUCGAGAGGUUUCAUUCACAGGUUCAGUGCAAGAACUCCGUUCCUUGGCAGCAAAAGAAACUUCAUCAGAACCAGACCUAAUCAAUCUGAUUUACCGAGGGCUCGUCUUGAGGGACGGCAACGAUUUGUCUACCUAUGGUUUGCAGACAGGAGAAACCGUUCACGUUUUUUCAAAGAGUCGCCCGACGGUAAACAAAGAGAGACCUCAACUCACAAAUGAAGAGGCAAGUCAAAUUGCCCUAGCUCUGAAGUCAGCUGCUGCAGGAAUUCGCUUUGCUUUGUCGAGGUUAAAUAAGGCAGACAUUUUUGAAAAUGUUUUGGCUGCAAUUCCUGGCUUGAAAGAAGAUCCAGUCGCAGUUUCUAUCCUCAGAGACCCUGACUUGCUGAUGCUCAUGGUGGACGCAGAGGUUGUCAAAAGAGUCAGCAAAAAGUGUCCCUUAUUGGCUGAGGCUGUGAAACAUUUGGCUGCAGAAUUUGCUGACCAUGGCAAAAAUGAUGCUGCAAACAAUGAUGACAUGGAGACUGAAGAUUCUCCCAGACAGGGAUCAAGACAAAUCACAGGAAAUCAGCUUGCUGCUGCUCUUGCUUCUGCAAUCUCAGGAGUGAACAGAUCUCGACAAGCACCAACAAGACUGUUCACCCCAGAAAUGCUGAACUCUGCUUUGAUGCAGGCAUUCCAGUCAGUCCCUUCAUUGGCCAACAGUCCUGCAGUCGCGUCAAAUCAAUCAGCUCCCACAAACACAGCACCCACACCUCCGACAGCCGGUCCUUCAACUGCCCCACCUGCUGGUAGAUGGGCCCAAGAACUGCAACAAAUGAGAGAACUCGGUCUGACAGAUGACAAUUUGAGUGUGCAAAUGCUGGAGAUUACUAAUGGUGAUGUUCAGGCAGCCGUUGACCUGAUUAUUCAAAGUCAGUUCAACUGAUGCAUGUGGAUAUUAUUAGUGCUGCAAUAAGGAUUUGGAAAUAAAAAUAUGUUUAUCAA